AUGAAUGUCCCCGUUUGCACCGAGAGGAUCCCUCACGUCAGAGAAUCGCGACAGAGAGAGUGCCGAACUUCCAGUUUGAUGUUCCAAAGCAGCCCUCCUUGCGUCAGACUGUUGCCAUCCUCCCUUUCUCCGCCGCCCAGGUGUCCCAUCGAUUUCGAGAGCGGAUGGGACCAGACGGCAUGGCCCAUCUAUGCCCCCGACUGCAACCAGGGCGGCAAGGUGUCCCUCGAUAGCACCACCGCCCACAGUGGGAAGAACUCUAUCCGCGUGGAUGGCGCCGGUGGUUACUGCGGGCACGUUUUCUUUGGCACAAACAAGGUUCCCAGCGGCGACUUUUAUGUCAGGACUUACCUCAAAGCGUCCAAGGCCCUAACCUCCUCGCACGUUUCCUUUAUCACCAUGCCUGACCCGGCCCAGGGUACCAACAAGCAUCUCCGUAUUGGCGGCCAAAACUCGAUCCUAAUGUACAACCGCGAGUCGGAUGACGCCACCCUCCCCGACCUCUCGCCCCAGGGCGUCGCCGCUUCGACGGCCCUGCCUACCGGCAGCUGGCAGUGCUUCGAGUACCACGUCGGCAGCGACGGCUCCAUCGAGACGUGGCUCAACGGCCAAGCCAUCGCCGGCCUGACCAGCAUCCCGGGCCAGAGCAACCCCAACGCCGGCCAGUGGCAACGGAGCAGCAUCAAGCCCAAGCCCUCGGCCGUCUACUUCGGCUGGGAGUCGUACGGCGGCGACACCAACACCUUCUGGUACGACGAUAUCGUCAUCAGCUCGUCGCGUGUCGGGUGCUCCGGUGGCACCAACCCCCCGGCGUCGACCACUCUUGUCACGUCCGUCACGCCGGGCCCUUCGUCGACCGCCACCAGCCUUGCGCCGGCUACCUCCACCACGAGCAGCGGCUGCGCGGCCGCUCAAUGGUCGCAAUGCGGCGGCAUCGGCUUCAACGGCUGCACGACGUGUGCUUCCCCGUACACUUGCAAGUUCUCCAAUGACUACUACUCGCAGUGCCUGUAA